AUGCGUCCGAAGACGGGCGACGGCUCCUUUUUUCUGUUUCUGGUACGAUCCUGUCAUCCCUCCGCGUCCUCAACGUUUUAUCCGAAUCGAGACCGUUCCGUGUUUUUUUAAUUCCAAGAUUUCAGUCUAAUCGAGUUUUGGCCAACUCAUGGAUCCCUGGUUGUCCUCCUGGCCUAGGCCGACCCGCGCCUGAACAUGAUCAACACAACGACCACGCUCGGGCCCGAGUUCCUUCCUGUUUGGCAUUCCCCUUAUCAUCCGGCGGUACAGGUCGGUUUGUUAUCGUAUUCUAAUACCACUGAGUACUCUUUGCUUUAAAGAAACGACAUCGUAUGUUGAGAUCUUAGCUCAUAAUUAAGUAGGCCGAGAAUAAGAAAGCCCUUAAGUCUCAUUUGAUUAUGAGAACGGCAUGAAUAGAAUUACUUAUUUUAAUCAUUUCAGGCGCUAAUAUGGAUUGUAGCAACGUUGUUGUGCCUCGAAACAAUCAUAGGCAAUGCCAUGGUUAUUAUAGCCUACAAAUUAGAAAGAUCCAUCAGCAAACAGGUACUGUAACCACAAGAUUAAUUGUAUAAAAAUGACAUUGUAUUAUUAAUUAAUUAACAUAAAUAUAAUCACAAAUAAUCACCAUUAAGAUGACAAAAAGUCAAUUUAGGUAAACAACCGGUACAUCGUAUCUUUGGCCGUAUCCGACCUUAUCAUCGGCCUCGAGGGGAUUCCGCUGUUCACGGUAUACGUGGUCAACGGCGACCAAUGGCCUCUGGGCUCGAUUGCAUGUGAGACGUGGCUGUUCUUGGACUACACUCUCUGUCUGGUAUCCAUCUUGACAGUACUGUUGAUAACAGCCGACCGGUACAUGAGUGUGUGUCACACAGCCAAGUACCUGAAAUGGCAGAGUCCGACCAAGACUCAGGUCCUUAUCAUAUUCUCUUGGAUUCUGCCGGCUCUUAUCUUUGGAGUUAUGAUCUACGGGUGGUCGAUUCUCAGUGGCGAAGAGGCUCGUGCUGAAGACAGUACCGAGUGUUCUGCCCCAUUCUUGUCCAACCCCUAUGUUAACAUGGGUAUGUAUGUUGCGUACUAUUGGACCACGCUAAUUGCCAUGCUGAUUCUGUACAAGGUAAGAAUGUUAUGUUUGUUUCUCAUGUUUCUUACGUUGUCUGUAACAAUGAAAAAGGAAGUCACGCAAGCCGAAUAAGGCCAUCGUUUGCCGGAAAGAAAAUUUUGUCCGAAAUAUUAAGUUACCAAAAAUCGUAAUCUUUUUUCUUCAGGGUAUUCACAAAGCGGCCAAGAACCUGGAGAAGAAGGCCAAGGCGAAGGAACAUCGACACAUUGCCUUACUCCUCACACAACGCCUAGGCACCCAGGUUGCAUUUUAGUUUUUGUUUUGCAUUUUCAAUCUUGCCAUUAGUCUGGCUUUGCACUUUGAGGCUUAGCUUCUAUUCUUGAUUUAGCUGCUAAUGAAUAUAAUUUCAAUUUUUUAUGCUCUGAUGCUCAAAAGCAUGGUUAUUUCGCUAGAUAAUGUGGGUACUGUUCUAGCUUUAGCUGCUACGGUAGUUUGGCUUAACUAAUGAGAUUCAGGUUGGUGUAAGUCUGAUGCUUCAAUCCAAACGAAGCGACUCCGAAAGCCCCAAAAAUCAUCCGGCAGCCUACUCCAAGAAGCUGGAAGCGUCGUCCUCCACGAACCCACCGUCGCACUCGAAGACGGAGCACGAAAACCCAAAUGUGAGCAGCUAUUAGUGGUUGUCUGAUAAGUUUGCUUAAAACACAGCGCUUUGCAAAGCAAGCCUGCAAACGGCUUAGUCUUAUAAUUGAAUCCUGAUACAUAAACGAUUGAAUUUGGUAUUAUAAAUUUGCAAAAAACAAUCGGAGACCGCCACAGGGUCUUCUUAACAUGGUGCAGCAUGACCGAUUGACAUGUCGGCGUCCCGUCCCCCCGGGGUUUAUAAAUCUAAAAUAGACCCAGAUUACACGGCGCUCCUUCGAAAUUAUUUAUUUUCAAUCAAGACAAACCUGAGGUCGUCGAGGAGAGAGUAAAUAGCAGGAAAAUGACCUACGACCAAGCGGAAGCCGUGCACGCUUCACCAGACGCGGGUCUAUUAUCUAAAUUCCAAACAUAACACAAUCACAGAAAACAUAUCAAGUAACAUAACAAACACGUGCUUCCAGAAUCCCGAGAACCUGAACGAACAAGAGCUCACGCAGCUCAUCGAAGAAGUCAGAACCGAAGCCGGCCUCACCAAACACACACACAUUAUCAAGCGAGAACCAUUGGUCUUCAAACGAUUCACCUCACCUACCAUGUCAUUCAGAAGGAAGUCACGCAAGCACUCCUCAGUCAGAUCGGUCAAGUCCAACCCUCUGCACAAUACGGGUUCAGGACAAGAAGAAACGGCCGUCGCCACCGUGCCCGACCAACCGGUGGUCGCGGAUCAGGUAACAAAAGCAGAGCGAAAGAGCGUCUUGCCGUGAAGUAUCGUGCUGUUUGAGCUUUCUGUACAUAACUUUUGGGUGUUAGACCCGAUCCAGUUAUGGCUAGCUGCUUUCUGUGCUUAAGAAAAAUUUUCCCUUACUAACCAGCUUUACAGCACCCCGAUACCACGGUAAUGGCUCAAUCGUACUCUAGAAUGUUUCACGAUGAAAGUUUAAGCUCAAUUUUACAGUUCAAUCAGGCAAUUACAGUGGAAAAUAGCAAUAAUGCAGAUCCAUCAGAAAAACUAAUACCUAAAGUAAGUUGCAUGUCAAAACUAUAUUAGACUGGUACCAAAGUAACGUUAAUGACCUCAUAAACAGUAUCUUCGUACGUUAAACAAGCAGUAAAUUUAAAUUUUACAUAAUUUGGGUAAUAAACGACUUCAGAAACCACAAAAACUAAACCAUGAAUGGGCCGAACUUGGCGAGAACGAGGUCCCAAUCGCUACAACUGAAACCAUUGAAACGCCAAUGGAGAACGGGUUCAAAGCAUAUAAGGUUCAAAUAACACACACUGAGCACAUACCAACCCCAUGGUAUACGAAACUGUUACGAAGAAUACGAAGAGCGACAAGCAGACCAAAAAGGAUCAGAUCUAGGACAAGUUCGCGACGAAAAAGCAGCAAGAAGUUGUCCCGAUCACAAAGUGUGUCGAGCUCCGACAGGUCGGUUGUCAUAACCAAAAUAUUCUAGGAAAAGGUAUCUUUGCGAAAAAAUCGUUUUUUCUGAAUUUCUCCAAGAAACUAUAAUUUUGUGACAUUUCGUUGAUCAAUUUUUAUUUUCAUGUGGCAUAAUUUUAUUUUUUAUAAAAUCAAGCUUUUCAGCGAGUUCUCGUCUUGUGAAUCGCCGAAAAGAGAGCAAAAGACUCCAGUGCAUGUUAACCAUGAAAGAAAAAACAAGGCGUCGAUGGAUUCCCAACAAAGCCCUAGCCAAAGCGCCGGUGAUCUUCUAGGACAUUCCUUGACGUAAGUUGAAAGGUUGAGAUUGAUUAUUAGACCUAACAGAAAAAUCUCCAACAUCUCCGCCUUCACGAAGGACACCAAGGAUAAGAUGAUCUCGUCCUUGUUCUCGCCCAUUUCGACCGCUUUGAAUCGGUCAAGGAAACGGACCAAAGCCGAACGGAGAGCUCACAAGGCCUUUAGGACUAUAACCUUUAUCGUGGGGCUGUUUGCCAUUCUGUGGUCGCCGUAUUAUGUUGUAGUAAGUGUGCUUUCCCAUAUACACAAAUCAUUUGGAACGGGCGGGGAAGGGGAUGGCCGCAAACCGUUUUUGACGCAUAUUUACACACAAUGUUUCCCAAGCUUUACUUGUAAAACAGUUUUUGUUUCCCUGAGGGUGUUUUCAGCGGUUAGAGUCACAACCCCCCUGAGGGUCCCCGAAUCGUGCUGCAAAUAUUUUGUGGUUUUCAGAACAAAUGUACGAAGCAAAUAAAUAAAUUUCAGGCUACGGUCUAUGGGUUUUGUAAAGGGCAGUGCAUCCCGUCCGUACUGUACAACUUGUCCUACUACAUGUGUUACCUAAACAGCAGUGGUAAUCCAUUUGCUUACGCAUUGGCUAAUCGUCAGUUCCGUUCGGCGUUCCUGAGAAUGCUGCGCGGCAACUUCCGUCGGGUACCCUAA